CGAAUAAAAUAUUUCUAAAUUACGCCUUCUCUUCAUUCCAUCUUCUAUGACGGUAGAAGAGGUUGUGGUUAAUGGUUAUGUGGUUUUGUGAAUGGUGGAUGUUAUGAGAAAAGAGGCCGCUUCACAGCUAGCUUUACUUUUUACUUUGUCCCGUCAGCGGACGAAGAUACAACAAAGAGAAAAGAAAAAGAAGACGCUAGGGUGACAGCUUUGAUUCUCGAUCAUCGUAUAACAGCAAACCCGGAGUAUGGACGACGAAGACGUGAACGAUCAGCCGGUCGACUACAGCAAGAAGUACACCGAGAGGAACGUCGCCCCGGUGCAGAAUCAGCUGAUCGAGUCGGCGGACGUUCAGCGGCCGCGUCGCGCCUCGAAGAAGGUGUACGGCGAGCGCGACUCCAAGGUGGACCCGUUUGGCGACUACGCCGAGACCGACCUCGACCAACCCACGGAUUACAGUCUGCGUUACGCCGAGGACGACGAGGAGGAGACCGACGACGAGGAGGAGAAGCAGGGCGCUGAGUACUUCCCCGUCAGCGGGCAGGAGGACACUGUCAAGACCUACUGCACGGAGGGGACUCCCUACGAGACACCUUUUAACUUCUCCACGGCCACGUCCAUGUCGGAUCUUCGAGUCGAGGACGCGAAGGAGAGUGAGUUACUGAAGAAGAUGCCGAAAAAGCCGAUCGAAAUGGCCAGGAAGAGCCCUGUGACCUUCAUCAAGGAGCCCGAGACACCUGACUGCGACGAACAGGACGGUCUGAUGACGAAGGAACUCGAAGAGGAGGUGAACCCGAAGGACACCGCGAUCCUAAAUCCUGGCCAAGUGACUCCGGAGAAGAUAGUAAGUUAUUACGAGGAGGAAACGUCGCACGGUUUCUCGCGUGCCAAUUCGCUUAGUUCCCUGAGUAGUGCCAUGACUUCUCAGAAUAACGUUCCAGGAGUUAUAUCCAAGGUAGACUCGCCAUCACCUUCCGUGAAUAAAGAAGAACUGGAAGAGAGUGAGGAUCACAGUGCUCUGGAAUUGAAUAAUAAUCAAGCAGAAUUGUCUUCCGGAAAUGAUAAUCUGUCCCAGCGCAAGAAUACUCCACGUGUGUUGGAUAAAGAAGGAAAAAUGGUGACAUUCAGUGGCCAGGAUUAUUACGCGGAAGAAACUCCUUUAAUGUUUUCGCGUUCCAGUUCGCUUGGCUCAUUGAGUGGGUUUGAGCAACAUUCGAUUCACGAUGAUCGUAGUUCUGUGGUUAGUGAUUUUAGUCGCAGGACCAGUGGUAUAGUUUCACCCAGUGAAUUGCCAGACUCACCUACCCAGACAGCUUUACCUAGUCCACGGAAUCAUAAAACUCAGAAUGCAGAAUUUUCCUCAAAACUACAAGAAGAGACAGUAAGACCUACAGUUCGACAGCAUUUAUCAUUUUCUAAACCGCAAAUCACAAUCAAUAGCGUUUUCGAGGAUGAGGUUGCUACUUUCAAGGUAGAAUCGACGCCCGUUGAAUUUUCCAGCGCAACAAGCCUGAGUUCCCUUACAAUUGACGACGAAGUCAAAAUACCUAAUGAUACAAAUAUGUACGGUAAAUUGGAGAGAGUGCCCGAUGAAGAUGAAGAGGACGUUCAUAAACUCGAGAUCGAUAUGCUUAACGUAACGAUAAGCAACUCGAAGAGUGAAGAGAAAGAGGAACAAGUGAGCGAUGGCGAUGAGGAGGACGACGAGGAUAUGUUGGCUGCCUGUAUUAAUAUGGGAAUGCAAACUAACAGGUACAGGCAAUCCCUGUCGAAGAUUCAGCACGAAACUCCGACGGAGAGUCCGGCCAUCAGUGGUACUCUGAAAACGAACAGGACCGCGGUGGACACCGUCGCCUCGGACACCGUACACGUGUAUUGCACGGAGGAUACGCCCGCGGAUAUCUCCCCGGUAGGAUCGCACUCCAAUCUGUCCGCUCUCUCGAUGCCAAGUGUCCAGGAAGACGUGGAGAAGAUCGAGCCGGACAGCCAAGAUCGAUCGGCCGAAAUCGAUUGUCACAGGGGUGACUUAUUCGACGAAGGUUCCAAUCUUUCGGGCGAGGACGAGAAAAUAUUAGACGAGUGCAUUCAAUCGGGCAUACCUAAGGCGAGACAAAUAACUCUACCUCCAACGAGUAGUAUCCCGUUCGUCAAGAAGUCGGAAAUGUCGCAUAUGAUUAACAUAUGCGGCACGCCGUCGUCUUCGCCCGUCGAAACGAAUCAUGGAAAUAAGCAGGGAUGGACACUACCCAACCCUGGAAAUAAGAAUCGCAUAUUGAGGCCUAAGUCGCUGGGUGGAGAAUUAUUAUCAUCAAGACAUCCGGACGAGUUUUCUGAUGACAGCUUGAAUCAUUCGGAUGACGAUGCAAUUUUGACGGAGUGCAUACAGUCUGCGAUGCCCAAGGCAAGAUUUCAACCGUUAUCACAAACGGAUAAUCCCAAAAUGCAGACAUCUUCAACUUCCUCGGCAUUUCUUCAGCCGAGAUAUACAGAGCAGAGAAAGAGUACGACGAAAAAACGCUUACCUUUCGAAGAUAAUGUCGGACUUUCCGAAGAGGAGGAGGAUAUCAUGUUGGCGCAGUGUAUUAGAUCUGGGAUGCCAAAAGCUCUAAGUUCCAUGUCUACGACGCCUACGCUCAAAAAGUCCGAGCCGUGUCCGAAGAGCGCGAAGAAUUUUUGGGCUCCUCCGGCUUCCUUCUUCACGAACAAGGUCUACCCCAAGAACAACGCCGCUCCGCACUCAUCACCGUCGUAUAAAAGCAGAAACGUCUCAGGCAAUCUUAAUAACGGCUUCUUGGGGACAAGAGCGACGAGCAGCAGCGGUCUGGUAGCACAGUCGGGUCAGACGUCGAGGAACUGUGAUAACGAGACUCGCGAGAGGAUAAACAAUUCGCCGCAUUGCACCCGAAGAGCGUCGUUUCGUCACGCGGAGAGCGAAAACGGCAACUCCGUCGACGAUUACGCGUGCAAGAGCACGGGGAACCCGGUGGCUGCGCGUCACAUCUCGGUGAGCGCCGUCGGCGAGGCGGACUCGCGGAUCUCCACGCAAGAAUGGGCUUUACUCGAACUGUGCAUCACGUCCGGCAUGCCUGCGAACAAGUAUCGCGUUAAGGGAAUGAAAUCUAGUGAGAGUGCAAUUUCCAACGGGCACGACGACUGCGAGCCGAUACCGGAGGACAAUUAUUCUGUGUGCAGCUACAAUUCUUAUAUUUUUAAAACGUAAUGCUCGCACUUGACAGAAUUUCUCUCUUUGUACAAGGUAUCCCGUAGGAAAUUGCUGAAAUUAAUCAACUGUCAUUUUUUAAUGUAUACAGUUAUUGGGAAAACAAAAAUUGUGUUGAAAAGACAAGGUGUAUACUUUCGGGAAAAACCUAGAAAAUCUGGAAUUUUCAGGGAAUUUUUUUCUACCUUGAAAAAUCUUGGAAUGCUCAUAGAAUUAAUUUUGAACUCAGGGAAUUUUAAAAAAAAUUGCCCCUUUGAUUUUAUUUUCAA